CCUAUUCUCACCUCCAUUCUUUUCUCUCAACUACCUCCGAUGGCUUCAUCUAAGAGCCAAUUUUCUUCUCUCUUCUUCAUCACCGCGAUACUGCUUGUCUUUUUAACUAUCUUCCGUCCGGUAGUCGCCGCCGCGUGCUACGCGCGCAUAUUCGCCUUCGGCGACUCGCUCACCGACACCGGCAACUUCCUGCAGUCCAUCGGCGACUUCCCCGACCCCGUCCGCCGCCUCCCCUAUGGCCAGACCUUCUUCGGCCGCCCCACCGGUCGCUUCUCCGACGGCCGCAUCAUCAUCGACUUCGUCGCGGAGGCGUUGGGGCUGCCGUUCGUCCCGCCGUACCUCGCGGGGCGGGACGUGGAGUACUUCCGGCAUGGGGCGAACUUCGCGGUGGGCGGCGCCACCGCGCUGAACAUCUCUUUCUUCGAGGAGAAGGGGAUAGACGUGACUUGGACGGAGUACUCCCUGGGCGUUCAGAUGGGUUGGUUCAGGCAACUCCUACAUCUGCUCUCUGACGAGUCAGAUCGCGGUGAUAUAAUGAGCUCGUCACUUUUCAUCGUGGGAGAGAUCGGAGGAAACGACUACAACCAUCCUUUCCUCCGUGCGAGAAGUCUCGAUGAAAUACGCACAUAUGUUCCUGUCGUCGUCCAAGCCAUCGGUUCGGCCAUCAAUGAUCUGAUCAAACUCGGGGCAAGGACACUCGUCGUUCCAGGGAACUUCCCGAUCGGGUGUGUGCCGUUGUAUCUGACAGUGUUCCAAAGCCAAAAUAAAGAAGUUUAUGACCAACAAACAGGCUGCAUCAAGUGGCUGAAUGAGUUCUCAGAGUACCACAACAAAUUACUUGUUGAAGAGUUAUAUAGGCUCCGCAAGCUUCACCCUCAUGCUACUAUCAUCUAUGCCGACUACUACGGAGCUUCAAUGAACAUAUUCCGCUUCCCUCACAAAUUUGGAUUUAAGACGUCUUUGCUAGCGUGCUGUGGAAGCCACGGACCCUACAACUGCGCACCAUCUAUUCUGUGCGGAACUAAAGGAUCGUCUGUUUGCGCUGAGCCCUCAACUUACGCAUCUUGGGAUGGUUUACACCUGACUGAGGCUGCCUACAAAUUUGUUGCUUCUGCGGUGUUAAACGGACCGUAUGCUGCACCUUCCCUGUCUGAAACAUGCCCAACUAUCGAACUUAACGACGCGCAGAUUCUGUAUUCUAACCAGUGUAGCGAAUAAAUUGGAAAUGGCACAUUGGAAUUGAUUAUAGCAAUAAAAUUUUUGUGAAGAAGGAUUAGAUUUAAGUCCAUAGGGGCCAGCAUUCCUGACACCCUGUUAAAGUCCAAGGGUGUGAAUUGUUGUAAUAAUGAAAACUCCUCGUUCGCUUUGCUAAUUUGUUAUGGUAAGAAACUAGCUGAUAAUGGAUUUUAAUCAAGUUUGGAUUAUUAUUUCCAACAGGUAAUGUAAUUUAGGAGAAUAACAUCUUGUUUUUAUCUUGUUUACAGUGAGAUGAUAAGAUGAUGCAAUAAUAGGCAUUAGUAA